AAUAAUAAUACGCCGUAGUAGUUUUUCCAACUCCGCGGAAUUACAAAAUUAGGGUUUUUGUCAGUUCAAUUAUAUACGAAGCUUAGGGUGAAUUCGCAAACCCUAAGCCCUGAAUUUCGAUUAUUGAUUCAGGAGGAUCAUCAAUUGGAGAACAAACGAGCUUCGUUCUUCAAUUGAAUUGGAUAUCCCUCAGUUUGAUCGAGAAAUAGUGCUCUACUCAUAUACUUGUUGCUAAUUGAUGGAUCCAGAUAGCAAGAAUUUUGGAAGAGGGCCAAGAGAACUCACAGGUGCUCGUGAUCUUAUUAGUCACUUCAAAUUGUUGCCUCAUUAUGAGUUCUUUGGUAAGAGGCCGCUUCCAUUAUCAAUUUCCGAUACACAUUAUCUUCAUAAUGUGGUUGGAGACACAGAAAUCAGGAAAGGUGAGAAGAUGCAGUUGGAUCAGCUCACGCAUGAUACUUCCUUUUCAAGAGAGACAAGUUCAUGCAUCCGGCCCUUCGACUUAGAUGUCCUUAGAGAAGCCUUCCAACUGCGUGAAACGGCUCCAGUCAAUUUGUCUCCUUCUGACAAAGGCACCCCCACUAUAGCUGGAAAAUCUAAGAGCGAGAUGAAAGACAAGGAGAAGCAGCAUAAAAAACACAAGGAUAAAGACAAGGAGAAGGACAAAGAGCAUAAGAAGCACAAACAUCGUCAUAAGGAUCGGAGUAAAGACAAGGACAAAGAGAAAAGGAAAGAUAAAAGUGGCCUCCAUGAUCCUGGUGCUGAGCAUUCAAAGAAACAUGAAAAGAAAAGGAAGCAUGACGAGGAGGACCUUAACAAUGUCCACAAACACAAGAAAAGCAAGCACAAGAGCUCAAAGAUUGAUGAGAUUGGUUCAAUAAAGGUAGCUGGCUGAAUUGUGCGUGUGGUUGUAUAAUUUAUAUCGUCCCAGAUUUGCAGUUGAGAAUUUGGAGGUUCCUUUAUUUACAAUUGUGAAAUAUCAGAAGUUCAUGUCCUGAUCAAUUCAUUAAUUGAAGAACUUUAUGGCAUGCACUGGUGUUGACAUCUGUAUCUUUAUUUGAGUGAGACUGUUCCUUGGAAGACAUGACUGGUCAGAUGCAUCAAACGUUUUUGCGUAUUCAUGAGUGCAAUCUGGCGGUUUGAUUUAUAUAGUUCAAGCCCCCCCCCCCCCCUUUUUUUUUCUUCUAAAUAACCACCUUGAAAAAGUAGGCAUGCAUCUUGUCUGUCUGCUACAGAGAUAAAAGAGGCCUCUGCAUGUCUGACAAACGUUUUCCUGCCUUUUUGGAUAUCAAAUCAAAAUUUUCUCCUCAUGGAAGUCAGGUCGAACUAUCUUAUACUCCUUUGUCCUUUUUAUCUAUUGUUUAAAGUUUUGGCACAUGCAUUGAUAAAACCAUUUGCUAUCAUUAAACAUAAUCAUAAGGGGUAUUUGAAUAAAUUACCCAUAGCUCUUUCUCAAAUGAUUAAUUAUUGACUAUAUCCGCCCUCUUAAGAGUAGUAGUGGUGGAAUUGGAAAAAGAAAGUAACCCUUUCUUGGUUUCUAAAAUGAUAAAUAUUUUAGAGCAAUUUUUUUUAUUAAAGUGAUAGAUAAAAAAGUUCACAAUAGAACAAGGUACAAGAAAGCAUAUCUUGGAAAAUUUUAAACAUUCAUGAAAAAGCUUGCUGUUAGAGAUUCAUCUUCAUCCAGAAAAGAGACGGAGGAAAAAUGUGUUAUUGGUGCAUGGGUGCAGCCUCAAACUCGUUAUGAUAAGUUGGAUAUGUGAUUAUGGUAUGGAAAUGUCUUUAGAUGCACUGUCCUUAAAGAUAAGAUGUAUACCUUUGUCUAUGCUGUCCUGAAUGUGUUGGAGAUAUGAGGUGAAACUGGUCAAGGCUAGUUGGAAAAGGAUGGAGGUUUCUAAACCAUACUGGAGUAUUGCUUACCAUCAAUAAAGAAAAGCAAUAGAAGUAAUCAAAUGAUAUGCCAAACUCCAAGAAUAGUCUCAGGAUGGAUUUAGUUCAAGGUACUCCCGUGUCAUAUAUUAAGGGCUCCCAUUAGUUGGCACUGAUGGUGAGGACCUUGUCCAUCUUCAAAUUUAGCAACUUGCUGCAUGCUGUUGUGUGAUUCUAUGUUUCCCUCUUUUGAGGGCUCUAAUCUCAAGGCUUAGUCUUAACCAUUUGAAGCAUUGGGUAAUAAAAUGAGAAGGUUGAGAUGAGUGUUGUCUGCUCUUCUGUCAUUUGUCUUCUCCAUUGAGUUUGAAGGUUGACUUCUCAACAACAUUAAGCAUCUGCAGAGAAAGGGGUAUGUUUCAAAAAAAAAAAGGUGUGGCUAGAUUGUCAUGAAUGGAAUCACUUCUUGUAUAUACUAGAAUAGAAUGAGAGCAGCUAACUCCUUAAAAUCAAGGUUAAUUUUGUGUGUUUGGCCAAUUUUAUCGGCGUUCAACAUGGCUAAGCUAAAUUUUUAGAUGUUCCUAGUGAUCAAUAUGUAAUCUUUGGCUUUUCUACUCUUAUCCUGGACUAGAAUGUAGCCCUACUGCAAUGCAUGAGAAGUUUAUAUAAAUUGGCAAAGGAGAUGAUUUGGACUCAA